AUGAAUCAAUUGGAAAACACAAAGCAAGUUAGACAUGAAACAAUCAGAUUGGCGAUUGUUAUAAUUACAAAUAAGAAUUGGUCUAUGAUACAUUUGGAUGUGAAAUAUGUCUUUCUGAAUGGAAGCUGUUCAAAUGAGAUAAUGAAGUUCAGGAAGGUGUUGAUGAAUGAGUUUGAGAUAACUGAUCUGGGAAAUAAGAAGAGAUUCGAGCUGACAAAUUGCAAGACUGCAAUCACACCUGUUGAGACGAAUCACAAGUUGAAUUCUGAUGCUGAGGGUGAUGAUGUAGAUGCCAUAACUUUUAAACAGUUGGUUGGCUCAUUGAGGUAUCUGUGUAACACCAGACCUAACAUCUAUUAUGCAGUUGGAAUGGUGAGUAGGUUUAUGAACAAACCAAAGUGGUCACAUUACCAAGUUGUUGUCAGAAUACUGAGGUAUAUUAAGGGGACUCUGAAGUAUGGAGUGUUGUUCCCUUCUGGUGUUAAAUCCUAA